AUGCUCCAUCUCGAUUCGCUGCCGUCGCUCCGAAAGCAGCAUCUCUUGUCCGAAUUUGCCGGGCUCAAGCAGGCGUGCCCGGAAGGCAUAUUCGUAACCAUAACCCCAGGAGACCCGACCCUGUGGUCGGCCGUGCUCUUUGUUCGCGAUGGCCCGUACGCACAAGCGGUCCUGAGGUUUCAACUAUCAUUUCCAGAUACAUACCCAAGCCUCCCGCCCCUGGUUCUCUUUUCCACAGACAUGUUUCAUCCGCUCAUCACCCCCCUCACGACCUACAUGUAUACCACCGACAUCCAGGACAACGGAACCGUAAGUGCACGAGAUGAAGAGCGUCUCCCUCCUGGCGGGUUUAGCCUCCGUCAUGGAUUCCCGCAGUGGUUUGGUCGGGGUAGGCGUGCCGCGUCCAGGACCCGGCACGUCAGCGGCGAGCCGUCGAGAAGCCCCGUCUCGGAGGCAGGGAGCAAGGCACCCUCGACUGUUUGCUCGCCCGAGUCCGAGGCCGAUGGGCUUCCGAGCUACGUGCGGCAGUCCCAGCAGAGCGUCUCCGUCUACCACAUCCUCAAGUACAUCCGAGGUGCGUUUGAUGAGGAGACGGUGCUCGACUCAGUGCCUCUCGAGGCGGCGGGAAACCCAGGGGCGUGGCACGCCUGGCGGACGCACCGACGCAGGCUAGGCAAGUUGCCACCGGAAGCAGCCUCUUCACCAACAGGCGAAAAGGACGUGGUCCUUGAGGCCGAGGCGCCGCCCGCCGAAGGCGCUCACUCAGCCACGAAGCGGCCUGGGGAAUGGAACUGGGAAGGGGUCUGGGAGGAUCGCGUGAAGAAGGGAAUCGCCGCGAGCCUCUCCGAGUCGAUCCUGUAUGGCGGCUCUGGCGCGCCCGAUGAGCUAAUUCAUUUCAUUCCGAUGGAGGAGCAAGACGUUGAACAGGUCAAGGAUAACGUGCGCCGCACGCUUGGGACCGCGCCCUGA